UGUAAUAGAUAACCAGAUUUUUCACAGCUAGUGCUUAUAAUAUGUUGAAAUAUUUUUGUAGCAAGUAAUAAAAUGUUUGAGAAAAAAAAACAGGCCGAGCAUAAGCCCAGGGAUGAUGGCGUUGAGCUGGAGAACCAGUUCAUAAUGCGCUUCCCCAAGCACCUUGCCACAGCGGUUCACGAGGCAAUACAGGCAGGCAACAUAAAGGAUCGGUUGACCAUACAAUUGGAUCAGGAUUUGCGUUAUGGUGAAGUGCGUUUCGAUGAGCAACUGCUCUACACGAAAAUCUUUGAUUUGCCCACAGUUUUGGAGAGCUACAAAACGAUUGACAACAAAAGCUUCUACAAAUCGGCCGACAUUUGCCAGCUGAUGGUGUGCAAGGAGGAGCCGGAGGACGACACCGAGAAAGAAUCGCCGAAUAAGAACAAGAAGAAGGAUCCCAACAAAGUGGACAAAAAGUAUCUGUUUCCACAUGGCAUAACGCCGCCGUGUAAAAAUGUUCGCAAACGACGCUUUCGCAAGACUCUGAAAAAAAAGAACGUGGAGACUCCCGAAAUUGAGAAGGAAGUGAAGCAUCUGUUGCGGAGCGACAACGAGGCUGUGCGCGUCGACUACGAGAUCAUCAAUGAGGAGGACAAACCCGGCGAUGAACUCGAUCAGUCCGAUAUUAAACCCUACAAUUUGGCUGAUGAGGACUUGCAGGAUGACACGAUGCAUGCCAGUGAUAAAACCAUCAAUGAGAGCGCCUCGCAACGUGACAUUAACGUCGAGUCGGAUGAUGAUGAGACCAGCAAUUUCGAGACACUUCGUGCACCCAAUAUGGGCGUGGCAGCCCAUGACAUUUUCGGCGAGGGGGUGUCUACCACGGAUGACGAGGAUGAGCCCACAAUGCCCGGCAAUGAUUCACGUGCAAUGGAGGAAUCUUCUCGGCUCUCCGCCGACGACUCUCGCAUGUCCGAUUUCUUUGGCGCCAGUAGCGCGGCCAAUGCUUUGGACAUUAAAACAGAGCCCAACGAAUUCAGCAAAUCUAUGUUUGGACGCGAAAACAGCAGCCCCAAGUUGAGUGCAGCUGGCUCCAGUUCCAAUCUGGCGGCUCCCAGCGGUUUCUAUGACAAUCAGUUGAUGACGAAACGCGAGGACUUCGAUCAUAUGGAGUUUAUAGAUGAGCCACAGCCACAAUAUACACAGCAGCAGAUUCACGACAAGGUCAAUCAACUAACACGCCAAAUUAGCGAACUCAAGGCGCAGCAAUCGCAAAAGUCCACCGAAAUCGCAUCCAUACAGAAUGCCACGCUAAAGCAGCGCAUGCAGGAGACCCUAGAUAAUCUCUAUACACAAGUCAUCGAACGCGAGCUGGAGCUGAAAGACUUUGAGAAUAUGAUGGAGCAGUAAAGCUAAAUUAAAAUUUUUUAGAAUAGUAAAGCUGAAUUUAGCAAUAAGCUGCAAGUUACAUAAAAUAAAUUUAAGUGAUUAUGUUUUA